GUCGAAUCUCCGGUUAAAGGGGUCGAGGUCCACUCAGCCUUCCAUCCAUCCGUGGUCGGUAAAAUGAAUACCCGGCAUAUGCUGGGGGGUAAAGAAAGGCCGGGGAAGGAACUGGCAAUCCCACCCCAUAUAUACGGUCUGCCUAGCAAACGUUGCAAGACGUCACCCUAAGAGUCGGAAAUGAUUCGCACUAUAAGUGCGGAGACACCUUUACCUUUUAGUUGUAGAUGUAUGCUGUGAAAAGCGCCAUCUGAGCUCCGCUGGAUCAGACCAGAGAAUUAGAUCUAGUCCUCUACUCCACAGUGACCAACCUGAUGCCUAUGGGAAACUUGUGAGCUGGACGUGAGCACAAUAACACUCUCCCGCUUGUGUUCCACAGCGAGGUUGUUUGGGGAUUCCUGCCCAUUGGCUUCUCUCUCUUGCUUUGAAACCUCACAACGAAUUCCCUAUGAGAAAGCUGUCCAACAAGAAUUCAGGCCUGUAAAAGUUGGGGACUCUUUUGGAAGCAUGUGGCAGACCUGCUGGUUUAAAGUAGAUCUCAGCAUACCCAGAGAAUGGGCAGGAAAGGAAGUGCAUCUUCUUUGGGAAAGCGAAGGAGAAGGAAUGGUUUGGAAGGAUGCCCAACCCAUUCAGGGUUUGACUCAAGAAGGUGAGAAAACUAGCUACAUUCUGACAGAUAGUCUAAAGGAGACAGACCCUCACAGCUUGACCCUAUAUGUGGAGAUUGCCUGCAGUGGUCUGUUUGGAGCUGGGAAAGGCAGCAUGAUUGCACCACCUGAUUCGGACAAGAAGUUCUCCUUGCACAAGACAGAGCUGGCAGUCUUCAACAGAGAUGUCCAUGAGCUUCUGGUAGACUUUGAGAUCCUUCUGGACAUGACCAAGCUCCUUGGGGAGGAAAACCAGCGGAGCUUCCAGGCACUUUACGUAGCCAAUCGGAUGGUUAACCUGUGUGAUGUCGCCAACCCAUUGACUUUUCCUGCAGUGCAUGAACUUGCCUGCUCUAUCUUCAGACAAAAGAAUGGUGAAAGCCAGCACAUCAUCCAUGCGAUGGGCCACUGUCACAUUGAUUCUGCCUGGCUGUGGCCUUAUGACGAGACGAUCCGUAAAUGUGCACGCAGCUGGGUGACUGUCAUACGCCUGAUGGAGAAGAACCCAGAGUUCACUUUUGUCUGCUCACAGGCUCAGCAGUUUGAAUGGGUGAAGAUUUGGUAUCCUGGAUUGUACACUAUGAUUCAGAACUUUGCGAAAGAAGGCCGUUUCAUACCUGUUGGGGGCACCUGGGUGGAAAUGGAUGGCAACCUUCCAGGCGGUGAAUCCAUGGUUCGCCAAUUCCUGCAGGGACAGCGAUUCUUCCAGCAGGAAUUUGGGAAGCUCUGUGCAGAGUUCUGGUUGCCAGACACAUUUGGCUACUCGGCACAGCUGCCCCAAGUGAUGCAUGGCUGUGGAAUCCAGCGGUUUCUAACACAAAAGCUUAGCUGGAACCUUGUGAACACUUUUCCGCACAAUACCUUCAUCUGGGAAGGCAUUGAUGGGUCCCAGGUUUUAGUCCACUUCCCGCCUGCAGAUUCCUAUGGGCUGGCUGGUCGUGUGGAAGAGAUAUUAAAAACGAUGAAGAGUAAUCGGGACAAGGGCCGUGUGAACCACAGCGCCGCUCUCUUUGGGUUUGGAGAUGGGGGAGGCGGCCCAACGCAGAAGAUGCUGGACAGGCUAAGCCGCAUGAAGGACACAGAUGGCUUACCCAGGGUUCAGAUGUCCACACCUGACCAGUUUUUCACUGCCCUGGAAAAGGAAAAGGCUCAGCUGUGUACCUGGGUUGGAGAACUGUUUCUGGAGCUGCAUAACGGCACAUACACCACCCAUGGGCAGAUUAAAAAGGGGAAUCGGGAAUGCGAAUGCCUUCUCCAUGAUGUCGAGGUUCUGAGUAGCUUGGCUUUGUCCAAGAAACGUUCUUUCCAGUACCCUUCUGCUAAGCUUCAGCACCUCUGGAGGCUGCUACUCCUGAAUCAAUUCCAUGAUGUCUUGCCAGGCAGCUGUAUCCAGCUGGUAGUCGAGGAUGCCAUGAGAUACUAUUCAGAAAUUCGCAGUGCUGGAGCUCAGCUUCUGAAGGAUGCUAUGCAGUCUCUAUUUGGAGACCUGUUGGCAAGCAGUCGAGAGACUAAUGAAAGCAUGCUUGUGAUCAACACACUGCCAUGGGAACGAACCGAAGUUAUCUCCAAAACUGGACCCAGAGAUUCUGAGACCUUAGCCUUGGUGACGGUUCCCAGCAUGGGCUACUGUACCGUUCAGGAUUCAUUACCUCCUCCACAUCCCGUGACAGUGACCAAAAAGGCAGAUGGUUCUGUUAUCAUGGAGAACGGUGUUGUCCGAGUCCAUCUGGAUAUUAUGGGGCGUGUGACAUCGCUUUGCUUAAUGCAGCCUGAGAGAGAGUCAGUUCCUGAAGGCUGCUGUGCUAACCAGUUUGCACUAUUUGACGAUGUUCCAUUGUAUUGGGAUGCCUGGGAUGUCAUGGACUAUCACCUGGAGACCAGGAAGCCCAUCUUGCUUCUCCUUAAAACCUUGGAAAUUGCACUGCCAGGGGGGCUGCGGGGCAGCGUGACCUUCUCCUUGCAGAUCAGCGAGAAGAGCAUCCUUACCCAAGAGGUCAUCCUGGAUGCAGCAAGUCCUUUCAUACGCUUCCAGACUCAGGUUGACUGGAACGAAGCUCACAAGUUCCUCAAGGUAGAAUUUCCUGCGAAGGUUCGGAACCCAAAUGCCACGUAUGAGAUACAGUUUGGUCACCUGCAGAGACCGACUCAUUGGAACACCUCUUGGGACUGGGCGCGCUUUGAGGUAUGGAGCCACAAGUGGAUGGACCUGGCCGAGCACGGCUUUGGGGUAGCGCUGCUGAACGACUGCAAAUAUGGCUGCUCAGUCCAAGGCAACGUGAUGAGCCUUUCCCUGUUAAGAGCGCCAAAGUCACCCGACGCCACUGCAGAUAUUGGGCGCCACCACUUUACCUACGCUGUGAUGCCUCAUGUGGGGUCCUUCCAGGAGGCUGGGGUGAUCCGUGAGGCAUACAGUUUGAACCUCCCUCUUCACACGGUGCCGAGCGUCUCAGGGCAGCAUCCAGCCUGGAGCGCAUUCUCUGUGCAAUCCCCAGCUGUUGUUCUGGAAACGAUAAAGCAGGCUGAGGACAAGCCAGAUGUGCUGGUAGUCAGACUGUAUGAGUCACACGGUAGCACUGUUGUUACCUGGCUCCAAACAUCCCUCCCGGUUCAAGAGGCUGUCAUGUGUGACCUCCUAGAGCGGCCGAAUCCUAGCACUCGCCUGCCACUGGAGGAGCGCAGCCUGAAGCUUUCUUUUAUGCCUUUCCAAGUCCAAUCUGUUAUGCUGACCUUGAAGCAAGGCAGCAACUGAAGUGCUGGAGCAGAAAUGGCUCUUUUGCACACUGGUUUGCCACCUCCUUGGCUUCUGUUCCCUUGCUGGGCAAGGCCUGACUUUAAGGCAGGUAUGAGUGGACUUGCAGGAUCUACAUAAUUUGAUUUUGUUUUGUUUUGUUACUAGACUACUAUCAAAUCAAAUUUUAUUAUGCCGUCAUUGCCCUGAUAUUACUAGACUACUAAGGUCCUCCAACUGGAGGCAGGUGCAAAAUUGCUGUGCAAUGGAGCCAAAUACAUAAGGAUUGUGGAUUAGGAUGGUACCUAUCUACUCAAGUCCAAAUUUAUAUAAGGAGGGAUUCUAACACAAUUGAAUUUGUGCCAGAGUACAUAGCCUCUGCAUUAGUAUUGUUCAACAAAAAAUUCCACGUCCCAAUUGUUCUGUAAAUCAUUCAGCAAUCUACAAGUAAAUCCUGCUUCAGCCUCAGCUCACACCUACCUUAAGGAACUAUAAGAAUGUGUAGUCAAAUAAAUAGGCUCGGUGGGAUGGGGUUGUAGAGAGCUUGCUGGAAACGCUUUGCCAUAUUCCAAGUAAAGUUUAUAUUGCAGCUUAAA